CAGAUAGGAUGGACGCACGUGUGCAUCAGCGCCCUCAUCACUCGGCGCUAUGGCAUCGAUGUUUGGCAAAAAAUCAUGCAGAAGGCCGGUCUCGCUCCAGAUGCCGAGAUUGACGUACAGACAUAUUACGACGACACGGAUACAAUGCGAAUCUUCAGAAGUGCGGCAGACAUUCUAGGGAUUUCUGUGGAUGAUAUGUGGGAGAUGUACGGCGAAUUUCUAAUCACAUAUGCCUGCGAAACUGGCUGGGAAAAAAUGUUGUUUUGCAUGGCGAACAACCUUCAGGAAUUUCUGGACAGUCUGAACUCAAUGCACUACUUCAUCGACCAAAUCGCCUUCAAAUCCGAGAUGAGAGGACCGACUUUCCAGUGCGAGUCGGUCGGCGACGGCUCUCUGCGUCUGCACUACUUCUCGCAUAGACAAGGCUUAUUUCCAAUCGUCAAAGGACUUGUUCGUCAAACGGCACAUGUGUUGUUCGACAUAAAUGUGGUUAUCAACUUCGUCGAGCGAUCACAAGAAAGGAGGAAAGGUGGCCUGGUGGAGCACGUGGUGUUCUGCGUGGAGCCGGACGAGGAACACCGUCCCGGCAAGCGGCUCGCCCACAAGUUUAAGCGGGAUACUCGCGCCCUCAGCAGCCUUGCCGUGAAUCUGAGCGAUUUCUCCCGUAUAUUCCCCUACCAUAUUUGCUUCAACAGACAGAUGAUUGUUGAACAUGUCGGAGGUCAACUGCUCAUGGAAAAUGAUUUGUCUUGCAAAAAAAUGGUCAAACUGACCGAGUUGGUACAGCUCAUCCAGCCGGCCGAUAUUCAGCUUACUCAUAAGAACAUCAUGUCCUACUUAAAUACGUUGUUCAUCGUCCAGCUGAAACAUCACAGCAAAAGGAGUGAAGUCGGUAAAGAAUCCAGUAAGGCGUUCCACCAACCGCUUUGUCUGAAAGGUCAGAUGAUUUCCAUAAAUGAAGGAAAUUCGAUAAUGUUCCUUUGUUCUCCUCACGCCACCACCAUUCGGGAUAUUCUGAAUCUGAAUCUGUUCAUCUCUGACAUGCCGAUACAUGACGCCACCCGCGACCUCAUAAUGCUAAACCAGAGUCGAAUGUCUCAAAUAGAACUCAACAAACGUUUGGAGGAAACUGUAAAGAGUUUGAAAUCAUUGGCUGAAGAGCUAAAGUCCAAGAAGCAGCAAACCGAGCAUCUGCUUUACGAAUUUGUACCGCCGAUGAUCGCCGACGCUCUUCGUCUAGGCAGUCCUGUUCCUGCCCAAGAAUAUGGAGAUUGCACAGUUAUGGUCACAGACAUCCCAGAUUUCUAUACAAUUACCGGUUGUUGCAAACCUAGCAAGAUAAUUGACAUCUUUGCAACGCUUUUCAAACAGUUCGAUCACCUUAUUGAUAAACAUGAGUGUUACAAGGUUCUGUCGUUGAUGGAUAGUUAUCUAGUCGUAAGUGGAGCACCAAAAUCUAAUGAGCUUCAUGCUGAGAGCAUUCUCAAUCUAGCCAUCGGUGUUGUGUUCUCUGGUCAUCAAGUCAUUGUUCCCGACACCAAAUAUCUGUUACAGGUACGAGUUGGCAUCAGUUCUGGCUCAAUCGUGGCCGGUGUGGUUAGCUACAAUAAGCCGAGGUACUGUGUGUUUGGACAAACAGUGAACGUCGCCAAACAAACGUGCGCGUUGAGCCAGCCGGGCAAAAUCCUCGUUACGAACUUAGCUCGAACCAUGGUGGAAGAACACCAAAGAAGCGCCUUUGUUUUCGAGCAGCACCAGUUCUUGGAGUACGGAGCAAUGAAAAUCCAGACGUAUAUUCUUGUCAAAAACGAGAGGAAAAGUGUGUGGGAGAUAGCUGAUGCUAUAAAAGGUGCUGACCAAUCUAUCGACGGCUACAAAGAACUGCAUAACAAUGAAGGAGCCGCAAUAUGGGAGAAAACCCGUAUCGAUGUAAUCGACACUCUUCGUUUCCGGCCAUCACGUACACAGCGAACACUAACUAGGCUGCAAUCAAUGAAGAGAAAGUUCGGAGCACCGCAGAACAACGAUAUCUGCGUCUCGAUCAGUGAACCCAAUGAGGAUUCGGUCGUUUGCAACAUUAUGUAG